AUGGUGGACGCAUCGUUACCGGUACGGCCGCCUGGCACAUGUACCGUAUUCGGCAAGACACCGAGGGCUGACUACCAAAAGAGGAAGAGGAGCGGAGACACGGACUCGGAAGCCAGCAAGUGGUCUUACACGACUUGCAUGACCAAGCUCGCAACCAACUUCUGGAACAAUGUUCUGGAGGCAGACCUCAAAGAGGUUGCAGUCCUACCGCCGCAGGGCUCAGAUCCGGAUGGUUGCGUUUUCGGCGACUUCCUAGACAGUCUCUGUGAAGUUUGCAUUAGUCGUGGCAAGCGUCCAGUUCGAAUCACUGAGACGGAGUGGCUGCAGCAGUUGUCAUGCGUAACAUCAUCGGACCAUGGCUGUGUGCCAGUGUUUCUGUUGAAUGCAUCUGUCGAUUUCAUGAAAGCUUUUGCGGAUGCCAACAUCAACGUGGCCAGAGUUGUGGCUUUCUUGCCACCCGGCACAGCUGUGAACAAGCCAUCGAAAUCUCAGAAUGCGAAACAUUACAUGGAGCUUACUUAUUUCACGGACUGGCAGCUCUACGAUUGCUACGUUGAGCACGUGCAACACCUGAAACACCACGAGCACCUUGUGACCGAGCGGGUGCAGCAAGUAGAGCGUGAGAAGCGUGAGCAGCGCUUGGAGUUCCUGGAGGGCGAGCAGCGUUACAAAAUGGAGCAAAUUGCAGCUGAGCAGCAGGCGUUGUGCCGUACCUUUGCAGAGGGGCACAUCAGAAAGCCCCAGGAUUCGGAGAGGGAGAGGAUGCGCGAGGCAGUCUGCAGCUUUGUCCUGCUGGACGAGACAGUUCCUAGGCCGGAAGCAGCACGGGAGUGUGAAGUCUUACAGCAGAUGGUCCUCCACGUCCUUUUUGAGGGCCGGGACAAGCUACAACGCAGUUGGCAAUAUCUGGACAUUGAGACAGAGAUUGCCAACCGCAUUCAGGAGGUGAACAUGUCCACUGAUCUGCAAAGCUGGCAGGCAACUGUCCUCCGGCCUGAUGUUCGGGACAAGGUCGUAUCGCUCACGGUGCACAGCCUCUACUUGCUAAAGCCUGAUGCUCCGAUUCAGUCUAUGAAGCCGGUCAGACAGGACCAAGAGAAGGUGGAGCCCUGGAGCCUUUCGGGCGAGCCACCAAGGCAGCCGAGUCGCGCGCUUUCAGACGAGCUCCGCAUUGAAGUGAUACCGGAGCUGAGCAAGGCCACCAAGAUCGAAGACUUCCGUGGCACUUCGGGUUUUCUUCAGGUGCAGUACUUGGUGUUGCCCAUGGCGGGCAGUGAGAUCCGCGAUUGCCCCGUGUAUGUAUCUUAUGUGAAAAUAGAGGUAGACAAGGCCGCAAUGAAGGAGUCCGCAGACAGAAUACAAUUCGGCAGUGCGGAGAAGAAGUACGAGAAGCCGCAGACCAAGCUUCAUGACACCUUAGACGACAUCCAACAGAAGGAGCAAAGUUUAAGAGCUAAAGAAGCUGAGCUUGCCCGCCCGGGCUUGACAAGGAAAAGGCUCAGGGAGCUGGAGGCUGAGAUUAAGGAGGCAAAGGACAAAAUACAAAGGUGCGAGGAAAUCUUGGAAGAUUUCCCGGUUCCUGUCUUGGACGACAACAGCUUUGCUAUGUGGCGCGCAGGAGACGAUGAUGGUAACCUCGUGAGCAAGGACUUUGACCAGAACGUGCUGAACCGAGCCGGCUUCAUCAACUCACUUGAGCAUUACCUGUCAAGGUUGCACCACCUGCCCUUCAAGGUGCCCGGCGCCAAUGGCUGGACGGUUUUCGAAGCGGGAUCAAAGCCAGACACCAGGCAGAAAGGUUUGCCGCAGUUUGUCCAGGGGGCCCGCACCCUCGAGGAGGCGGAGGCUUUGAAAGUGACCGUUUCCAAAGUUUAUGAGAUGUUGAAGGUUCAUGCUAGUGGCAGCAACACCAAUGCCAAAACCAAAGGAGCCUCACAGAGGCUCCUUUUGGUACUGGAAGAUGCCACCUUCUCCGUUUCCGCUGCCCUUCACAACAGUGAAAACGCUGGCAGGAAACACUUCAACAUCAAAGGCAGCUUUCCAGAAAAACGCCAGUACCACCUCGAGUGUUUCGAGGUGGGCCAGCAGCCCGACAGGCCCAGCAAUGAGGUGGUAGAGCUGGCCAAGCUGGAAGGUGGCCAGAUACUACCAUGCUGGUGCCGGCUUGUUCAAAUUACGCACAAUCAGCAGUGGUAUCCCAAAGACCUUGACAGGAGGUACUUAGCAGCUCACCGAGAUGCAGUCAGGGCACUGAUCUAG